AGAUUAACUCGAUCAUAGUUUCCGAAUAGUCCUAUGUGUAUCGUUGUUUCAUUAUAGCGAUACUGUGCACAUAACCUAUAAAUAUUUUUUGUUUUGCUGAAAAUGACAAAAGUCGUUGUUUAGUGUUGUAGUGUUAAGAUAUGUGUUUGUUAUAAUACAACAUAAUAAUAUAAUAUUUAAAAAUGGAAUCUCCUGUAUACAAAAUUAUAUGUCACGAUUAUCCGGCUGAAUUUUUAUUAGACAAGACCAUCGCCAAGGAAUAUUUUAAACAAUUUGGGCACAUAAAAAGAAUUGUUUUUAGAAAAAAAGUUAGAAGUUGUGUAGUGGAAUAUGGAAAUCAGGAAGACUAUCUAAGAGCCUUAAACAAUGCCGGGAAUUAUAAAGGGAUUACUUUCAAUGUUUCAAGUCUCACAGAGAAUUUAUCAACAUCCAAAAGAAACUUAAUUAACAAAAAUCAUAUGUGGAUAGAUAAUGAAGAAAUAGAGGCAGAACUAGCAGCAAUGUCUGGUCAGGCUUCAAAUCUAAUACAAUCUGUGGGAGGUCAAUCUCAAAAUACUGAUGACACACCUAAAAAACUAAAAAAAUCUUGGAAAAGUGGAACUAAACCAAAGAAAAGUUUGAAACCCAAGGAGAAUAUUGAUUUAACUGUAUCAGCAAAAGAAGUGGAACUUAUUAAAGUACUUUUAUCACAAGCUUUUACCAAUGAGGAUAAAUAUAAAAUACUAGAAGCCAGGGAUAAAUUAAUGAAAUUGAAACUGAAGAAAAAUCCGCCAGUAAAAACAUAUGCAACUGUAGGAACUUGUCCAGAUAUGUGUCCAGAAAAAGAACGCUUAUUUAGAGAAAUAAAGCACCAGGUGGCUUGGUAUGAACAGGAUGAGAAUGAAAAAUGUAUGGAUCAUUCCAAAGCAGUUAAACAAUAUUCUAGAAGUUCAGCUGAUCAAGAAGCACCUCUUUCUCAUGAAUUACGACCAGUUAAAGUUCUUCAAAUGACUAUGGGAUAUUUAUUGCAUAAUAUUGUUGAUCUUUGUGAUACAGAUGAGGUACAUCUUGGAGAAUGGUUUCAUUUUUUAUGGGACAGAACACGAGGCAUUAGAAAAGAUAUAACACAACAAGAGCUUUGCAGUCAAGGAGCAGUGGAGUUAGUUGAACAAUGCGCUCGUUUCCAUAUACAUUGUUCGGCUAGGUUAGUUGCAGAAGACGCCUCCGUAUUUGAUCAAAAAAUUAAUACUGAAAAUAUGACUAAAUGCUUACAGACAUUGAAAUAUAUGUAUCACGAUUUAGCUUUGAAAGAGGAAACUUGUGAAAACGAAGCUGAAUUCAGAGCUUACGUUAUUUUAUUAAAUUUAAAUGAUGGAAAUUUCAUGUGGGAGGUUCAGCAGUUGAGGCGAGAAAUUCAACGAUCGAAAGAAGUUCAGUUUGCUAUGAAAGUCUAUUCUGCUUUAGACAAGAACAAUUAUAUAAAAUUUUUCAAAUUACUCUACUCAACUAGUUAUCUUAACGCUUGUAUUUUAAUGAGAUACUUUAAUCAAGUACGUAUAGCAGCUAUCAAGACUCUUCACAAAUGUUGUGUACCAAGAGGUGCAAAAAUAGCUUACCCUUUGAAUGAAUUGAACAAAAGUCUUGCUUUCGAUGACAUCGACUCAACUAUAGAUUUCUUAAAAUAUUGUGGAUUGCAAAUUAAUGAAGCAGCUACAUCUGUUAUUUUGGACAAAGCUGAUUUUUGCUUGCCUCAAUUUUCCUACAUAAUGGACAGAUCCAAAGUAGUAGAAGAUAAGAGAAAACAUUCUGUUGGUCGAAUAAUUUGUGGAAAAAAGUUGCCAGAGAAAACUUAUCAAAUGCAUAUUGUUGAAAAUAGUUUUGAUUUAAACGGAUACAUUAAAAAUAAUGACAUUUUAGAUGAUAUUGAUUUAGAAAAAAUGAAAUCUGAAUUGUUGGAACAAUUGAGAAAUGAAAAUGAACCCAACGAAAAAGCAACAAUAAAAAGUAUUUUUAAAAUAGCGGAUACUGUACCAGAUGUAAAGGAAGAGCAGGGUAUUAACCCAUUCUUGAACAGAGACGAAAAAGUUGAGAAUCCUUUUGUAUUUGUCAAAAAAGAAGAAUCUGUGAGCAAAUCAUUUUCGUUUAUAAAAAACAAAGAAACACCUGAAAUUUCAUUUGGAAUUAUGAAAAGGGAAGAAAAAAAUGAUAUACCAUUCUCAUUUGCAAAGGAAAUUGUGAAAGUUGACAAUCCCUUUGCAGCGUCAAAAAAAGAUAUAAUUGAUAGCCCUUUCGGUUUUGUUAAAAAAGAAGAAAAGUUUAGUAACCCUUUUGCACUAGGAAACAAAGAAAUAUCUAAAACAGGAAGUAUAUUUGACACCACUCCGCCUUCCCCUAAAAGCAUAUUUUCUGUCCCAUUGUUUGGAAAAGCAGCCAGUGUUCGGGAGUCGGUGCCUUCGGCAGAUAAAUCUGAUUUUAGUUUCGUCAGUAAACCUAUAGCAGUAGUUGAACAAAAAUCAAAGUCAAGUGAUUUGAAAAAAGGAGGAUUCAAAUUCGAUUUAGUAUUUCCAUAUCCCAAAAAAACAGACGAAAUUUCAAUAAUACACCAUUCUUUUAAUGAACAAAACAAGAGGGAAAAUAGGAUAGAAUUACUAGAUAAAAAGAAAGAAGAGGAAGAUAUGAGAGUUUUAGAAAAAGAGAGACUACUAGAGAUACAGAUGUUGAAAGAACAAGAAAAACUGGAAGAACAGAAAAUAGCCGAGGAAAAGAAGAAAAAAGAAGUAGAGAAUCUGCUACAAGAAAAGAUGAGAAAAGAAGAGCAGUUGAAUAAGGAAAAAAUAGAGAGAGAAUUAAAACGAAAAAGGCAAGAGGAAGAAUUAAGAAUACAUCAACAGGAAAUUAAGAAAAAAGAACAGAUUGAAGAAUUGGAAAUAAGAAAUUGUGUUAAAAAUUUACUCUCUUCCAUAGUGAUUGAGAUUGAUAAACAAUUUCGAGAAAAAAGAUUGAGAGAAAUUAAAGAAAAUAGAGAGAGAUUAUUAUUAAAGAAAAUUUUUCGAGAGUGGAAAAUUGGUGCUUCAAAAAAUUCAAGAAAACGCAAAGCUGUGGAUUGCAGUCCGAUUUGGAUAAAUACAAAAACGUUAAGGCAAUCCGCUGAUGAAUUACAUGUUGAUUCACAAGAAAUGACACUUGCUUUAAUGAAAAGAUACAAAUCAGGUGAACCAUUAAACAUCGAAUGCCGGCUUGAAGGAGAUAUUAAAAAAGUCAAUUUGUAUCAAUUGACAUAUUCGAUUUUGAAGAAUAGAAUUUAUGACCUUACAGUGACUAAACCAAAAAAUAUUUUUUGGAAAGUAGUAAUCAGUUUUCCGGAUGAACACGAACUAACUGUUGGCUUGAAUCGGUUGGAAGAAACUAUGGAAAGCGCUUUUCAGUGGAAAAAACAACUGAAGAGGUAUUAUAAUGUGGAACACAUAAAAAUAAAUUGUACGGAAUCGGUAACGUACUGCGUAGAGAAACGAAAAGGUUGUAGAAUUAAUCAAUUCGAUGCCAAUGGUAUUGUUUUUCUAAACAAAGCAUUUGAUGCAAAUCUUCAAAAUAGAAUAUAUAAAAAUCUUAUAGGGUACGGCAAUACUAAAGUACCGAUUGUUAUAGUUCUUCGAGAGGGGAAUCCCAGUGAUUGCAAUUUAGAAGAAUUGAUAGAACAAAAUAUAGUUACCGAUUAUUUAAUUUUAAUAGAAAAUUCAUCUUUUGAUUGUAAAUUGGUGGAAGUAGUUGAAGAGGGGUUAAUGUUUUUAGCUAAAAACGUCGAUAGUUCUCCGCCUCUGGAACUCGAUACUUUCAAAGUUUUCAUAACAAAGUAUGCAUGUUCAGAAAUAUGGAAAAGAGCAAACAGUUUUUCAAAAUGGAAUACGAGCUAUAAAAAAUGUUUACAGAAACCUAAUGUAGUUAUAAACUUAUUCAAUGAGGCUAUAAAUAAACUCAAGCUACUUAUUUUCAAUCCAAGAACACGUUACAUUACAUUUCCCUAUGAAUUCAAAAAAUAUUUAAAUAACAACAUUCCCGAUUUCUUGCCGUGCUCAUUUCGGUAUUUCCCUUCAUUUUGGAAUACUCAAUCGUAUUUGAAUAGUGUGGAAGAUUUGCUAACAAAAUUGAUGUUACCAAAUUGGUCAUGUGAAUGGCCACCACUUAAUAAGUCUGACCUUGAACAAAGUGUUAUUAAAUAUAGUUCAAAAGUAUCUAACCAACCUGAUACACUUUUUUAUAAAAUAAUGAGUUUAUUGCUGCGCCAAAUCGAUCCUAAUGUAAACUUGUGUGAUAUACAGAAUGUAUUAUGGACGGACAUUGUAGGUCUUAUAGGUUUAGAAAAAUUGAAAGAAAUUGAUGUGAGUUUAAAUCGCAAUUCUAUAUUUAAAGAGUAUUUCGUAAUUUAUAAUAAAAAUGAGCUCUCUGAAUACGUUUUUGGUGAUUGGUUCUACAUAUCUAACCCUAAAAUAAGGAAAUUAGUUGAGGAGGAUUUAGAAAGAGAGGCGGUAAUAGAAGUUAAAAAGACAUCUGAUCUAUCAGAACAAUUGAAUGUAGGAGAAGACAUCGAUUAUUUUUGGAACAAUUCUCUUACACAAAUAUUGGACAAUUCUAAUGUGAUCAAAGACAUAGAUCAAUUGAAACGAACAAUAGAUGAUCUAGCUAAUAAUAUGUCGGUACAUAAAAAUAUUUCUAAAAAAUUGGAUGAAAAUUUGAAAAAAAUCAUUUCAGAAAAAUAGCAACUUACUACAUUUCAAUAUCCACAUGCUUAAAAAUAACGGUUCAAUAACAAUCUUGCCUAGUUUGAGAGUUAAGGGGACAUGAAACAAAUGAAAAAUUGAUAUAGGGGUUGUUAGAAUAAUCAACAACUAACAUUUGACAAUUUUGAACAUGCUUUUAUGAUAUCCUACCAUAAAACUGUUUGUAUACCUGGUGACUAAAUCCGUAUUGCUUUGUCUUGAAACUACAUCACUAAUGACAUUUCUAUUAAAACAAUCAUAGAAUUGACUCAGUGAAAUUGCUAUUUAUUAUUUUAAAAUUUAUAAAAUGUUGUAUAAUAAAAUUACAAAAAAGUUUUCCAUCGACACCAAACAACUCCUGAAGUUACAGGUUCUGUUUAUGCGCCAAAGGGGUUGCUCGCUGCGAAGAUCGAAAAAGAGGCUCGUUACUUUUGGAAUCAAUCUCGUAUAAGGUGUUGCCUUUGUUUACAAAAAAAUUUCUGUUUCCAAAUCCUACAUUUAUGUCAAUUGAUAUAACUCAAUUCUCGAAUUUAAUAGUGUUUAUUUAUGGGACGGUAAUCUACGUCAAAAGUUGUAAUAGAAAACACUUUGACUGAUUUAAUUCCUAUGAUAAGAAUUCCAUCUAGCAAUGGUAAUAUAAAGCUACAUAAAAUUUUAUUUUUAUUAUCUAACAGUUAGAAUUUUUACAAUAAGACUUUCCCGAGAUACUUUUUAAUUAAAUGUUUGUGUACUUGAAAAGAUAGUGGAAAAAGCCAAAUGUCCUCCUUGUGAUGUAAGAUUUCUUUUAUUGGCAUCUUAAAUAUAUCUUGAUUAGACAAAUUUUGGAGAAAACUAAUUUUUUCUAAUUUAAAUUAUUAGACAAUUCACAAACUUGUAGCUAAUUUCCAGCAAAUUCUCUUGGUCAGUUUUAUAACAAAAAUUUUUCCUGAACGAUUGUAAGUUACACGGUUUCCGAGGUUUAACCGCUUAUCUCAAUUAUUUAGCCACCCGGUAAUGCAAAUACAAUUUUUAUAUUUCUAACAUCGUUCAAGGUCAGUUUUUGGUUUCUCUGUAGACAAUGGCUACUCACUGUCCACGUCUCUUGAAUAGGUCCUUUUAGUUAAGUGUGAAGUGAAAUAUUGUUUGAUUUGAUGAAAUUUAAUUUAAACUAUUCCUGAUUUCCUUCAAAAUAAAAUAUAAAGUGAUUCCUAUUAGCUAUAUAAUUAAUUUUAAAGAUAUUUGUUGUUUCUCAAUCGAUCUGCAAUUGUGGAGACUUAAUUAUUUUAUUAUUCAAGCACGAGUCAGUAAAAUUCUACAUUAUGGUUAUACAAAAUUCCAGUCAAGAUUCAGAAUUGUCUCAAGAAAAUUGUGGGAGGGAUAAUUUUGUUUUUAUAGAUGAUAUGUUUGUUAAAAUAUUACUGAAAUCCCUUCUAAUAUCACAUUUUUGUGCUGUAAUAAUGUCUGUACUGCCAUAAAAGUUUCGAAAACA